AUGUCGAAUUCCAAAAACCAACGAGAGUCGACGGUGUUUCCCCCAUUUCUUUCCCCCCCAAUUUUCCAGUUUUCUCUCGGACCCAUUUCUCUCACCCUCACCCCACUGACCCAGCGCCGGCCACCGAACCACCGCCCGAUCGCCGCCCAGCAGACCGAGCGCCGCCCAUCUCCGACCAGUUGUUUGAAGACAACUAACAGCAAAAAGUAUGGAGUUGAUCUGGUUUGCUUUACUUCUCACCCUAAAACAGUCAUAUACUCUUCAAAAAAUGACAACAAGUAUUUGCGGUAUUUUAAAGGUCACCAUGACAGGGUUGUGUCACUCAGCUUGUGCUCUCGCAAGGAAUGCUUUAUCUCUGGUUCUCUUGAUCAAACUGUAUUGCUUUGGGAUCAACAAGCUGAUAAGUGUCAGAGUCUUUUACGUGUACAAGGAAGGCCUGCUACAUCAUACGGUGAACAAGGGCUCGUCUUUGCAAUUGCAUCUGGAGGAUACAUCAGAAUGUUUGAUGCUCGCAAAUAUGAAAUGGGUCCUUUCGACAUCUUUUCUGUUGGGGGAGAAACAUCUGAUGCAAAUGUUGUAAAGUUCAGUAGUGAUGGGAGAGUUGUGCUUUUGACAACUAUGGAUGGCCAUAUUCAUGUACUUGAUUCAUUCUUGAAUUAAGAGAGAAAAUAACAAUAUUUGCUUC